UAUUAUUGUGUUAAUUUAUAGGUAUUGGUUUUAGUAUUUCAUUGCUUGCUAAAUCAAGAAGAUUACGACAGAGCUAACUGCACUUAUGCAGUUUUGUUAUUCCUCGCUGUUGUAUCUAUUCGUUUCUUGUAGCUCCGUGUAAUCAAACCAAAUAAAUUGAUAAUUCAGGCGUCAACCGUACUAGAAUCUGCUGGCAAGUGUAAAUGGCUAAAUAUUGAUCUUUAAAACUUCUUUAUUAAAAUAAUACGUACCAAAUUAAAUAUGAAUAUAAUUCGAAAGUUAAGCUCAAUAUCGUCCGCGGGGAUUCACAGAAACUUUUCUGUAUCUUCGGUAAACAACGCUAAGCAUUCCUGCAAGUUACUGGUGAUUGGUGGUGGGUCGGGGGGAUGCACAAUUGCCGCUAAGUUUGUGAGGAGGUUGAAAGCAAAACACUCUGUAAUAGUGUUAGAACCAAACACAGACCACUAUUACCAACCAUUAUGGACGUUAGUGGGGGCGGGGGUGAAGCCGCUGUGCAGCACCCGCCGGCCGGAGGGGCUCUGCUUGCCGGAGAAGGCCAAGUGGCUGCGGGACUCCGCCGAGUGCAUCAACCCCAAGGAGAACUUUGUGAAGACUGCAAAGGGUGACACCAUCGAGUAUGAGUUCCUGGUCGUCGCUGUCGGUAUCGAGAAUGACUAUGAGAAGAUCCCUGGUCUAUGCGAAGCCCUACUGGACCGGGACAGCAGCGUGUCCACGAUAUUCUCGUGGGAGUUCGCGGAGAAGACAGCGAGCGACCUGAAGAAGUUCAGGGGCGGAGACGCCAUUUUCACGUACCCGGACACGCUGAUCAAGUGCCCCGGCGCGCCGCAGAAGAUUGCCUAUUUGGCUGAAUCUUUCUUUACUAAGUCGGGGGUGCGUCCAAAGACGAACGUAAUGUACAACACGUCUCUACCUGUGAUAUUCGGCGUGAAGAAAUACGCGGAUGCACUAAUGCAUGUGGUGAGGCGCAAGAAUAUCAGAGUCAACUACAAGAUGUGUCUCACGCAGGUCAUACACGACAGGAAACAGGCGGUGUUCGUCAACAAGGCUAAUAAUCAGGAAACCACAGUGAAGUACGAUCUCCUGCACGUCGCCCCUCCAAUGAGGGCGCCCACGUGCAUCCGAUGCAACAAGGAGCUGACGGACGACCAGGGCUACCUCAGCGUGGACAAAUAUACGCUGCAACACACCAGCUUUAAGAAUAUAUACGGCAUUGGCGACUGCACUAAUACGCCUAAUAGCAAAACAGCCGCUGCUGUCGCGAAACAAAGCUACGUGCUGGAGCAGAAUCUCCUGAACACGAUGAACAAGAGCACGCCCAAGGAGAGAUACAACGGGUACGGCGCGUGUCCGCUGCUGACGUCAUACAGCACGUGCAUCCUGGCGGAGUUCCUGUAUGACGGCGUCGUGCACGAAACUAUAGGUAAAUGCAAGGUGCUGGUGGUGGGGGGAGGCACGGGGGGGUGCAGCGUGGCGGCGCGGCUCGCGCGCAGGAUGGACCCCAAAGAAAUCAUGGUGUUGGAGCCCUCCAGGGUACAUUACUACCAGCCCAUGUUCGCCCUGAUCGCAGCCGGCAUCCGUCCCUCAUCUAGCAGCCAGAAACCCAUGAAGUCAGUGUUACCCCAAGCCGUCUCAUGGCUCCAAGACGAAGCCCUGGAAUUCCAACCUGCAUUCAACUCCGUACGCACCAAACACCGGAAGACUAUUGAAUAUGAAUACAUGGUCAUCGCUUUAGGCGUCAAAAAUGAUUAUGAGAAGAUUGUAGGUCUGAAGCAAGCUUUAAACUACCCCUCUAGUGGCGUGUGCACGAUCUACUCGGACGGGUACUGUGUGAAGGCGUGGUCCUGUAUCAAGAACUUCCGUGGUGGCCACGCCAUCUUCACCUUCCCGAAGACCACGGGCAAAUGUCCUGGUGCUGCGCAGAAGAUCAUGUAUUUGGCUGACGAUUUCUGGAGGCAGCAUAACAAACUGCGCAGUGUGGCCAACAUUACAUACAACACUGGCGGCGUUUCCCUCUUCGGCAUCGAGAAGUACGCGAAGGAACUGCAGCGCGUGGUGAAGAGCAGAGGCAUUGCUGUCAACUGCAGCACUGACUUGAUCGCGCUCGAGGACGGGAAGGCUAUCUUUGAAGAUGACAAGGGGACGAAAGUGGCACUGCCAUACAACUUCCUGCACGUUACGCCUCCCAUGUCACCUCCAUGCAGCCUCAAGACCUGCCCCUGUCUGGUGAACGAGGCGGGGUUCCUCAAGGUGGACCCUCACACACUGCAGCACACCGCCUUCCCUAAUGUGUACGGCAUUGGGGAUUGUAUGGACACGCCUAACAGCAAGACUGCCGCCGCCGUUGCGGUCCAAAGCGCGGUGCUGGAGCAGAACCUGCUCGGCGCCAUCGAGGGGGAGCCCCCUAGAUACAAGUACAACGGGUACUCCGCCUGCCCCAUGAUGACGUCAUACACCACCGGCAUCAUAUCCGAGUUCCUGUACGACAAGAAGAUCUGCGAGACCUUCCCCUUUGACCAGAGUAAAGAGGGACGUCUAGUGGUCUACUUGAACAAAUACGUGUUCCCGUAUUUAUACUGGAACAGGUUACUGACAGGUAAGUACAGCGGUCCGGCCGCCGUUCGCAGGUUCAUCAAUCCACUGGGAAGAUAGCAAGUAUAUUAAUAAAUAAAUUUGAUAAACACUCAACGGCCCAUAGAUAAAAGAUGCAACGGCCCAUACUAAGUUUGUAUCGAGUCCCAUGAACAAACAUAUGUCUGUGAAAACGAGUACAAUUCAUGCCACUAAAGAAGUUUGACUGCACGCACACCACAUUAGCAAAAUAGCAUUUUCAAUCGGCUAAUAAGCUGCGCAGGCAAAUAUACAUGACAGGUCUCUUAUUUUGUAACGCCACGCAGAUACGCUAAGCUAUCCCUGUCUCGCUGUGUAAGUUUAGACAGAGACAACAUAAUAGUUAUUCGUCUACCUUCAAUUUUCAAAUGCCCCGGUCAAACAAUUGUUUUCACAGAUUGAUUAUCUAGAUUCUGCUCGAUCGACGGGUUAAUUAAUUAAAUUAACUGCAGACAUUUAAAGCCACGAUUACAACAUAAAGGGACAUUUGACGCGCAAUUUAUCGCUCCUUCUCACUCAAUCUUAAGUGAAAAAACACAACAUCCACCUCACUCAUUGAAAUUGUAAUGAAAAGGAAAGGACGAUAUGUAUACUUAUUUGACGCGCAAAUUGUUCCAUCAUCGUGAGUCGAAGCUGAUUUUGAUGUGCAAACGUAAAAUUUUUAUAACCAGGAGUAAAUAUUGAAACAACGAAAUAUAAUAUUUAUAAAAAUUUAAUAGCAACUUUCAUAAAUUAUGAUUUAUACAAAUGUUGAAAAAAUAAUUUAUCCUACUUAAUGUACUUUGGUAACUGCACGAGAUAAAAAUGUGCAAGCAAUAAAAUUGUUCGUAACUUAUGCUUAACUUUUAGGCGUUGUAAAUUAAUAUGAAAUUUGUAAACGACUAUUGUUAUAAAUUGUAACAUUAAAAGUUAGAAAUAUUAUUUACAAUAAAAAUAUAAUGCAAAGGACAGUUUAA